AUGGAAAAGGAAAAGCAUGUGGCAAAAGUUAAAAAAAUAGGAAAGGGGUUGGCUUUGGAGCCAGAAAAGCAAGAAGAAUUUAAAGAGAACUUAAAGAAAAUCAAGUCAAAGGGAAAAGAAGAAAAAGGAUCAGGAGUUGUCUACCUUGGACAUCUUCCCCAUGGAUUUUAUGAAGAUCAACUCAAGAAAUAUAUGUCACAGUUUGGGAAAGUGAAAGCUGUGAAAGUUUCCCGGAGUAAUAAGACUGGGAAAAGUAAAGGAUAUGCUUUUGUUGAAUUCCAGUCAGAUGACGUGGCAAGGAUUGUGGCAGACACUAUGAACAAUUACUUGGUGUUUGAAAGACUCAUUAAGUGUCAGUAUAUCCCAUCAGAAAAACUUCAUCCUAAAACAAUGGGGAGAAGAAAUGGAGUGUUUAAGCCACCAAAAGCACAUAUCAUAGCUCGGGAUCGACACAACAACAGGAAAACCGAGUUCAAACAGGAAAAGUCGAUAAAAAGACUUCUGAAGAAACAGAAAAAGAAAAGUGACAUGUUGAAAGUUUUAGGGAUUGACCUGAAAAUGAACUCUCUCGAGAAAGUUUUAGAAACAGGGAAGAAAAUUAUUGUAGAAAAAGAAAGGGAGAAAAUGACUGGUGAAACAGCAGAAACAAAUGUGAUGACAGUUGUAAAAGCUAAUGCAAAAACACCAAACUCUGCUAAAAAAUCCAAGACAGAUUCAAAGUCAACUCUGUCUUCUGAUGCAACACCCAAGGCACCAUCAACUCCCUCUAAAGUCACUCCAAUGUCCUCCAAGGCAACACCUUUAACAUCAAAGAAAGCAAAAACUCCCAAAGGAACCCCAGCUGUGAGUGAAGCAACAGAGCAAACACCAAAAGUAAUAUCACCAGCAGCAACCCCAGCAACAUCAAAAGCAACACCUUUAAUAGCCAAGAAAGCAAAAACACCGAAAGGAACCCCAGCUGUGAGUGAAGCAAUACAGCAAACACCUAAAACAAAACCAUUAGGAGGAACCCCAGCAACAUCAAAGGCAACCCCUUUAACAUCUAAGAAAGCAAAAACACCUAAAGGAACCCCAGCUAUAAGUAAUGCAAGACAACAAACACCAAAAGCAACUCCACUAGCAGCAACUCCAGCAACAUCAAAGCCAACACCUGUACAUAAAGUAACACCUAUGCCACAUAAGAAAAACAAGAAGACAGUAGCCCCUGAGACUUCACUAAAAGAUCAAAGUAUGGAGAUCUUAAUGGAGGACAGUGAAGAGGAAGACAUUUCAUUUAAAACUCCUCCCAACGCCAUACGAUCCUCCAGAACCCCUCUCUUAUCAGCCUCUGCUAAAAAGAAGCGUGCUCAGUCAGGAAACAGUAACACUCCAAUCAGAAAAAUAAAUGAACCACAGAGCAAGAAGAAGAGGAAAAGUCUGGAGUGAUAAAACAAAAUUGAUAUCAAAUGAAGUUGACUUUCACGGGAAAUUUUACAAUUGUUACUGCAGGGUUUUUUUGCAGUAAAUGUUAUUAAGGAUAUUUUUUAUCAUUGUGCAUUAUUCAUGGAAAAACUUGUAAUAAACUACAUUUU